AUGUUUUCUGUUGCAGAUAUCUUUUGCCGCUGGGUAUACGGUUUGGAGCGUUACUUUACGGAGCUGCAGGAACGAGCUCUCAAGGGAUUGUCUGACGUCUGUCCACGAGUGCUGCUUCUGCAAUGCACGGAAUGUCUACAGUACUGCUUGGAUAUCGGAAUGCUGCGACCUUUCCAAACUUGUGAAGAGUGCAACAAUUUUAUGACCUUGAAGAAAUGCCCAACGAGCAAGUACACAGACGGCUACUGCUGGCAGUGUUCAGACACUUCUUCAGACAUCGACCACUUCUGCUCAGUGAGAACCGGGAGUAUCCUCCACAAACGCAAGCUACCCUUCUCCGUAUUCCUCCACAUCAUCUGGCUGUUCUGCAACCGACUGAGCGUCUGCGACGUAGCACGGAUCAUAACCAUCAGCACCGGCUGUGUACGGUCCAUCUUCUCCUCGAUCCGAAAUUGCAUGCUUGAAGACCUGUUCGACAACGGUGCACGCAGAAAGAUUGGUGGGGUCGGCUGUACAGUGGAGGUUGACGAAUCCAAAUUCGGUAAACGAAAAUAUAACAGAGGUCGACGUGUAGUCGGAAAAUGGGUGCUGGGUGGGUUCUGUAGGACUACUGGCGAAUGCUUCUUAGUGGAGUGUACCGGCAAUCGACGCGAUCACAACACCCUGAUCACACUCAUCAAGGAGCACGUUCUACCGGGUACAACUAUUCUCACCGACAAGUGGAAAGGGUAUAACGCCCUGCAACACCACGGAUUUCCUCAUCAAGUUGUCAAAAUCGAGGAUUUGUGGACCCGGUCACUGGUGUUCACACCAACAGCUGCGAAGGGAUGUGGUUCCACGCUAAGAACCACAUGA